GCAAUUUCGGCCAUCGUCGUCAAGUGGUUCUUCUGUUCUCAAAGGCAGGACUGAGUAACGUGUCCACCAUCCCAGCCGUGUCGCUUCCAUUAAACGUGCUCCAGAAUUGCUCGCAUUGGAUUUGGAGGCCAGAUACUCAGUAGCUCUCACAAAAUUCUUUAACCAGAAUUGGAAAACAGAAACUCAGAAAGAACAUCACACCAACAAAACAAUAAUCAUGGAAGCUCCAGCACCCACCUCUGAAAUCUCGAUCCCUGAUGUCGCCGUGGAACCCGAAAAGAUGACAGAAGGAACGGAAGAUACCACCGAGGCCAGCACCCAACACUCCGACUCUGUCGCUGAGGAAGAAAAGGAUUCUGCCGAAAAGACCGAGGAAGAGGUAGGCGAGAAUACCGAGGAAGAUGCCGCGGAAAAAGCUGAGGAAGAGGCCGUUGACGCCGAAGCACCCACCGAAGAAGCGGCCACAGAAGAGAGCGGAAUGGGUGAGCUGGCUCAGCUCCUCGCUGGCGCCGUGAUGCGUGCCGCCCAAGAGGCCAGCGGCGACGAAGUAUCUUCUCCUGCUGCUGCCGGUUUGGGUGGAUUGGUGGAACAACUCGCCACCACCACCAGCGACGAAGGACCCAUGCUCCGAACCACCAAGGCCGGUCUGGAUGAACUGGGCCUCAAAUAUGAACUCCAAGAACCAGGAGAAAACGCUCGCAGCCGAACCAUUGUAUUUGGAAUGAACUGCAAGGUGGGAUUGAGUCGUGUGGUCAUUGCAACCGAGGAGGCGGACAAGAAAUUCCACUUUUACAUCAAGGCACCUGCCAGUGUCCCAGAAGAUAAGCGCACCCAAGCAGCUCUAUUCAUCACGUGGGUCAACUAUGGGCUCUCCAUUGGAAACUUUGAGAUGGAUUUGAGUGAUGGGGAAGUCCGCUUCAAAAGCUCCAACCACUUGCUGGGAUCCGAGCUCUCUACGGAAAUGGUAGGGCAUACAGUCGCUCUCUGUGUCAAGAUGAUUGACCAAUUCUUUCCUGGACUUAUGGGUGUGGUCUAUGGAGGCAAGGACCCCAAGGAUGCUCAUGACGAAUGCAUGAACGGAGGACGAAUCGCCCAUGCUCAGUAGCUACCGUAGGAUGGAUUGUUGAGGGUUGGACGAUAGUAAAUAGGAGGAAGACUAAGAUACUAGAACCUGUUUAGGUAUUGCC